UGAGGCAACGGUUACUGGCUCUGCUCUGCGCGACCGCAAGCGACGCGCGGGAUGUGAAUGCGAAAAGGCGAAUGCGAGAUUCUGCGGCGGAAACUGCGACUCAUUCCGGGUGCUGCCAGCCAUGACUUCCGGGGAGUGGGACCUGCGGGCGCUGAAGGUGCUCGAGGAGGAGGAGCAGCGUGAGUUCCUGGCCCUCAGCCAGAGGAAUCUGUUCGAGCCGCCAUCGGAUGGCAGCGGUGCCGGUGCCAGUGCCAGUGCCAGUGCCGGUGGCGGCGCCAAGCCAGCACUGACCUACGCCCAGCUGCAUCCGCAUCUGCUGAAGCUCCCCACCAUCGACGAGUGCCAGCUAAUUGCCGCCAAGCAGCAGUCCACCGGAGGCUCCGGCAAUGGACACGGCAGCCUGGCCGGACUGCGAUUCACGCGCGCCCUUUCCCUCUCCGCCCACUCGCUAUCGCCCAGGGGCGGGGGCGGAGGCGGCGGCUUUGGCAAGAAACUGAGGGCCCGCCUCGUGGGCGCCAAAUCAAGCGGAUCCCUGUCGCCCUCGCGCCACUCCCACAGCUACAGCGUCUCCCCCGUCUACACCCCGCCGCCCAUGCGUCGCUGUGCCACACUGCACCACACGCAGCCGGUGCGAAAAACGUUCAAGAACCUGCAACAGUUGCAGGACCGCAAACGACAGGCCAGCCAGAGCGCAGCGCCGCCCCUGUCGCUGCCGGGCCAGCUGCAGCGGAUUACUGGCACGGGCAAGACCUACUGGAAGUACGGGGUCAACUCCACGGCCGCCUCCAUCAUCGGGCAGCGCACUCGCCGCCAGCAACAGCACGGUACCGAGCCCCCAGUCGAGUCAAACGCCACCGCCUCGGAUCUCGAUCUCGACUCGGAGCAGCUGGAGUCGGAUGUGCUGGACAGUGCCACGGAGACGGGCUCCUGCAGCGUGCCACUGCCAGCGACGGACUCCAAUGAGAUGCUGCGCCUGAUGCUGAGUGCGGCCAGCUCGGCGGUGACAGUGACUCCCACGGCCGCAGCAGCAGCGGCAGCAACUGGUGGCACAGUAUCAGGCCCAGGCCCAGGCCCAAUGCCAGUAGCAGCUACGCUGAGGCGAUACCAACCCAUCGGCGACGUUGUGGAGGAAACUGUUGCUUACGAAGCUUUCCACAAGACCAAAAGCUUCGAGCGUGGCGCGCUCUUACGCGGUGGCAGCCUAACAGUGGAAGAGAGCAACAGCAACAGUCCCCGCAACAGCCCGGGCAGGGCAAUGCAAUCCACACUGGCUGGCGGUCGAAGGAUAUUCAAGUCCGCCUCCUUGGACUGGCCGGGGGAACCCCAAACCCAAACCCAAUCGCAGCCACAGCAACAGACUAACGGCCUGACCACAAAUCCGCUCGAGAUUGUGGACCAGCAGACAAUGGAGGCUCGUUACAAGCAGCGCGAGUGGGAACAUAUACACCAGCAUCACCAGCAUCAGCACCAGCUCGAUGUAUCUCUCGGCCUCGGUGUGGGUCUGGCGGGGGGUAACACCAUAAUGGACGAUGAACUGGAGCAGCACAUCAAGCACUGUUCGUGCUCCUGCAAUCACAUGGGCUACGGCAACUCGAUGGACUAUCAGACAACUGGCUUCGGUGGCCUCCCAGACGUCACCGAGCACUCGAAUAUCCGCCGCACUCUUUCCCGCCAGAACUCGAUCUCCAACAGCGACUCCGGCGGAGAGAUAGCCAGCAUACAGAAGUCCAAGGUGAACUUUGGCAGCGGUCUGGCGGGCGGCGUUGUGGUUGGCGGCGACAUCGUGGGCCUCGACGCCAAGUCGCCCACGUCGCUGAGCUCGUCGGCAGGAGCGGCAGGCUCUGGCAAGGCUAAGGGCAAGGCCGCACGCAAGGCCAGCGCCGGAGCGGAUGCGGCCCACAAGGGACGUCGCGGAUCGUGGCUGGUAGCCCUCACUCUGGUCAGUGCCAUCUGUCUGCUGGCCAUCGCGGCCACGCUCGCCUACCAGCACUUCUUCACGGCGCCCAGCCGCAACUCGCACGCCCAAAGACUGAGGAUCGUUCGCCGCAUCCUGCGUGAGGUGCCGCUCGUCGACGGCCACAACAACUAUGCCUGGAACGUGCGCAAAUACGCCCACAGCAGCCUGGAGCUGCACCUCAGCCACGACCUGGACCACAAGUCCUUGUGGGCGCGGCCGGCCUGGGCACAGACCGACAUGGAGCGGCUCAAGCAGGGUCUCGUCAGCGUUCAAGUUUGGUCGGCGUACGUGCCGUGCGAGGCGCAGGGCUUGGACGCCGUCCAGCUGGCACUGGAGCAAAUCGACAUCGUGCGGCGCCUCUCGGACAUGUACGCACGCGAGACGGUCCUAGCGACCUCCUCGCAGGACAUUGUGGAGGCGCAUCGACGCGGCCUGCUGGCCUCACUGAUCGGCGUCGAGGGGGGACACACGAUUGGCUCCUCGCUGGGUGUGCUGCGCUCCUUCUACUCGCUGGGCGCACGCUACCUGAGCCUGACGCAUCGCUGCGACGUGUCCUGGGCCGGGUCCAGUGCCUCGCCCAUGGAGCAGGGCCUCACGCCUUUUGGCAAGGCAAUCGUGCGCGAAAUGAACCGCCUGGGCAUGAUGAUCGACCUCUCGCACAGCUCGGACGCCACGGCCAGGGACGUGCUGCAGGUGACACGGGCGCCCGUCAUCUUCUCGCACUCUGCCGCCCGCCAGCUCUGCAAUUCGACGCGCAACGUGCCCGACGACAUCCUGCGCCUGGUGGCCGAGAACGGUGGCCUCAUCAUGCUCAGCUUCGACUCGGAGGACGUGGCCUGCGGCCGUCAGGCUCGGCUCCAGGACGUCAUCGAACACAUCAAGUAUGUGCGAGCCAUUGCCGGCAUACAGCACAUCGGCCUGGGGGCGGGCUACGACGGCAUUGAGCUGCCGCCCUUGGGACUGGAGGAUGUCUCCAAGUACCCGGAACUGCUGGCUGCCCUGCUCGAAGAUCCAAACUGGAGCGAGGAGGACGUGGCCAUGCUGGCCGGCCGCAACUUUCUCCGCAUCAUGGAGACCGUGGAGACAGUGCGCGACUACUGGAAGCGGGCCGCCAUCCAGCCCAUCGAGCAGACAGAGCCCCAGCCCAAGACGCAGUGCACGUACAUGUCGUCGUGACCCCAGGCACAGGCGCGGGCGGUAAGGACGCGACGCGACGAUCCGCCGACAGAACGGGUCAAUCGCACCUCGGCGACGCUGUCCGGAAUCCAGUUCUGGCGGCAGGCAGAAGCCCCAUCGAAUCGCUCGGAGGCCACUAUCACGGAUCGUGUGAUCCUCGCGGCCACGACGACAACCUUCACAGUCAGCGGACUGCUGCAGUGAACUCCGAAUGGGGGCGGCAUCUAAGGGUUUGGGUUGCAAAGUAGAAUGAACAAAUUGAAAGGUUUUGGUUGACUGUUCGACGCGGCUGUCGCUCUUCCAGGAAUUCGCAUGGUGAGGCAGAGUUGGUGUCAAAAUAUUUCGAAUAUUUACGCAAUACACGAAUUAAUGCCCAUGCGUGUC